ACCGUGUAUAAAACUGUGUCUUUAUGUCUUCCAUGGAAAGCUGCACAAAUAUGUAAGACAUUUUAAUUUCAAGAACCCAUACAGUAAUGAUAUCUACUUUAAUGAGAGAAGAGAAGUUCCAUCCGAUCUACUUAUAGAAAGCAGAAUUUUUGUUAAUGCGUCAUUGGCUUUGACUAGAACAAUUUCCACUGUGAAAGGCCCAGAUUACGUCCCUGAGACAUUCGUCAACAUGAGUGACCCCGCCUACUGGAAAAAAGGCAAAGUUAUAGUGUCUCGAUGCGCGGAUCCCUGUAUUCCCGGCACCAGAAAAAAGUUUGGAUCUUCAAUUCAUAAAUGUUGCUAUGAGUGCGUCUCGUGUCCAGAAGGAGAGAUCUCCAACAUUUCUGACAGUGAAAACUGCAUGAAAUGUCCUGAUGAUGAAUGGCCAAAUGAGAAGAAGGAUCGGUGUGUUCCAAGAGUGGUGGAAUUUCUCUCCUACACCGAUGACGCCAUUGUUGGAGUAUUUUCGGCUGUCUCCAUCCUCUGUUGGCUUCUGACUGGUUUAAUAUUGGGGAUAUUUAUACAUUAUCAGGACACCCCCAUUGUUAAAGCUAAUAACCGGAACCUGAGCUAUCUUCUCCUGGUCUCCAUCAUGCUGAGCUUCCUCUGUGUCUUCUUGUUCCUCGGCCAUCCAGUAGAUGUGACCUGCAUGCUCCGUGUCUCCUCUUUUGGUGUCAUCUUCUCAGUUGCCGUCUCUUCUCUUCUUGCCAAAAGUAUCAUGGUGUGUAUUGCUUUUAAAGCCACCAAACCUGGGAGUCCCUGGAGGAAAUGGAUGGGAACCAAACUGCCCAAUUUUAUCAUUUGUGUCUUAUCACUGGUUCAAGUCUUAAUCUGUGUCACUUGGCUGUCUAUUUCUCCUCCCUUCCAGGAUCGGGACAUUCACUCUUAUCAGGGGACGAUCAUCAUUCAGUGUAAUGAGGGUUCAGUGAUCGGCUUCUACUCUGUCCUGGGAUAUAUGGGCCUUCUAGCUGCUGUGAGCUUCAUUAUCGCUUUUUUAGCCAGGACAUUACCGGACAGUUUUAAUGAGGCCAAGUACAUCACCUUCAGCAUGCUGGUGUUCUGCAGUGUCUGGAUUGCCAUGAUCCCGGCCUAUCUGAGCACCAGAGGGAAAUACAUGGUGGCUGUGGAGGUUUUUGCUAUAAUAGCCUCAAGUUCUGGACUUCUUGGUUGUAUAUUUUUCCCAAAAUGUUACAUAAUUCUGUUCAGACCCGACCUGAAUACAAAGACAUUUAUCCACUAAUAAGUAUGGAGCAACACUGGGUUACCAGUAGUUAUAGCAUUAUCUCUAUUAUUGUUAAUUGUAGUAUCUUGAUAGUGUAUUGAGAAUGAACAUUAUUAGAUCUGGGGUGCAGUGGUUCCUCCCACCGGCCGUUACAUCAUCAAAAAAUAGUGUGGUCACUUAGUGAGGAGCAACCACAGUGACCAGAGGGGGACAGAGUAUCCAAUACAUCCUAAAGUGUCAGAUACCAGAGACACCCAUCAGCCAUCGCUCUAGAGAAGAUGUCACCCACCACCUUCCAGAAAGAUAAAUAAUGGUGCAAUUUUAGUUGCGGGAUCAAAUAUCUAUGUAGAUGUAUCUGUCUAUAUUAAUAAA